AUGAAAAAAGCAGAAAGCCAGGCACCUGAUUUCAUUUUUGGUCAAUCCCGUGCAUUUGCGUUAACCGAUUCGUCCGUGAAUCCUGAUGCUAUCAAAUAUCUUGACAAUGUUAGGCAAGAAGCAUUGAGAACUAACGCCAUGUCAAUCAAGAAUCAGAUGAAUCUGCAAAAGAGAACGCGCCAUAAAUCAAGUAUGUACGAUGACGAGGAUGAAGAGGCUACCAAAAGGCAUGCCGUCCCACUAUUUCUGAUGAGACUUCAGAACAAUGCGGACUUAUGGGUAAAAUGGUUCAAUUCUAUGAAAUCUGCGGUUCUGGCGAACGCCUAUGAGUUCACAGGUUACGACGACGAAACGUUGGAUCUUUUGCUCUUUUACUUGAGGAACUAUUUGAAAGAUAUACCCCGUAAGACUUCUAAAGUUGAAAACAUUAUUGAUGUUUUGGAUCAGUAUUCCUUUCCUGAGAAGCCAGAAGAUAGAGAACAAAAGUUGGAGAUUGACGAAGAAUGGGCCAAGUAUACUUUGAUACGAUUAGAGAAAGUUAAUAUUAAAAGUUUCGAGGAUGUGAAGAAGAUCAUCGCUGAAAGCGAUGCACAUGAAUUAAACGGGUAUAGCCAGUGGUUCAAGUAUAUCAUAAACAACGAGCCACGCCACACCAUGUUCUGUCGUAAGAUUACAUCUACACAGCUUUGGGUUCUGUUUAAGUAUAUGUCGAAUACAUGGAUAAAAGAAAUCUACAAGGAAGGAUCGAAUUGUCACCGUCUCCAAGAUUGGCUCUUAUAUCUACUAAUACAUACGCCUGAAAAGCUCACGGCAGAAUAUACGAGCAUGUUGAGAGAUCUGGGAAAGAAAUGCCGUGAAUUGCUCCAAAAGAAGCCAGCUCAGGCUCGUAAUGAUAAUAGAAUAACACUCCCGAUGGAAAUGAGGGAAUUAGAUCUCGAGAUGCCAUCUGCCAUGGAAAGUGCAACAAUGAUCGAACUUACCAUUUGUGUCAUAGCCCUUGACUUUGGUCAAAAAGACUUGAUAGUAUAA